AUGGAUACAUGGACAGUUCUGGCUCGAGAAUGUAUUCAGAUGCCGCUCUUUGUUUUAAAAGCUCCGUACAUUUGCGUUAAAGCAGAGACAUUCGUUGACUCACAAGUACCGGCAUCAAUGGAGGAGAACAAGGCAGAAUUACUACAAGGACAGGAAGUGGGAGUACAGGAUGAUCAAUUUCCCUCUGUGGUUUAUAGCGCGAUUCUCAACUCCAUUUUUACGGACCCUGUGGGCCUUGGGUCACAAAUUUCCGAUACCAUAAACACAGCAGCACGUCUCUUAUGUAAUGCCAGAAAUAUAAUUCAGCAAACCCUAAUAGCAAAAAAGAAAAGUGGGACAUUGCCUCCAACUGCUCUGCUGAAGAAACAAAUGAAAGUUGGUCGUUUAUAUGUCCAUAUUGUUAACUUCCCUAGCAUUUCCUACAGACUUUGGACCCCAUUACAGACUCACUUCAACAUUCUACGCCUUCUUGGUUGCUGUAUAAUGGAUCCAUUAGCGCUUCCGCGAGCUAAUUUCAGGCUUAGCUCAGUAAAAUAUCGAUAUUCUGACAUUGUGACGAGUAGAAGUAACUCACAAAGUGAUAGAAUAACUAUCAUUGAAAAUCAUGAGUCAGUCACACACCAUUCAAACCGUCUCCUUUAA